AUGAGUUCUGCCUUUUUCCGCAGACCUACCGACGAUAGCUCCAGCUCUGACAGCGAUAGGUCAGGGGAGGAUGAGGCCCCAUCACAUCAAGUCAUCGAAAGCAUUGAGGAAGGCCAGACCAUUAUCACUGAAUCACUGUCCAGUCAUGGCAGUAUCUCCUUCGCAGAUGAGGUGGAUGCCCCGACAAGUGCCUUAUCCAACGUCGACCAGCACCGGACAAACCUUCUCAAUGCACUGCUCGAAGAUUUUGCCAGGAGCAGAGCUUGCGAGAUCCUGAACAAUGCAAGGCCAGGAUCCGGAUUCACCAGAACAUCGGCGGAAGUCCAGCCAUUAGCGGACAAGCUCUACGAACAACUCAGUCAAUCGUUAUCACUAACUGGCAUCAUACCGACCACCAACGGAAGGGACAACGAGCAGACAAGAGCGGCCUACUUGGCGGGCAUCGAGAGUGUUGCACUCGGAGGCGUUCAGAAUCAUGAUCUCCUCCAUGGGUCAACUCGACCAUUGCUCGAACAUCAAGUUUCACCGAGCAACGUCAACAAUCAGCCACAAUCUCUCGUUUCCAACUUGCUCGCAUCAGACCUGAUCAACUUAUCUCUGCACAGCCCGACUCAUAUCUCGCCGUACACUGAUCUAGUCCUAUCUACGCCGACGUCCCAUCGCAGCCACUACGAGUCCAGCUUCCAGCAACUAAGAUUACUCGGAAAAGGAGGCUUUGGUAGAGUAUACCAUGCUUACAACGUAUUUGACAAAAAGGAAUACGCCGUCAAGAAGAUUCCUUUAAGCCCUCGGUUGUCGCAGCGAUACAGGGAAUCGGGACAUCAAGAGUUGGAAAACAUACUCCGAGAAGUUCAGGCCCUGGCACAGCUCGAGCACAACAACGUUGUCCGUUACCAUGCAACAUGGAUAGAAGAGCCGAGAGGGACAUCUGCAAUAGCACCCCAGAUGACCAAACAAAGCCCCACAUUUCAGGGCAGGAGACUCAUUGCCGAUCGGCCGAGACAUUCGCGACCAGUUGAUCGAAAUGUCGCGACCCAACGACAGUUCUUGGAACACGGCGAUGGUAUCAUUUUCGGUUUCGACAGUAGACCGAACACUCCUGCUCAGGACGUGGAGAGUGUCGCCAACCCAACGCAAUCCGUCAGUGAGACUAAUCAUGACCAAUCCUCCGCACGGGCUUCCGAGAUUUUUACAGAUGGCAACGCAAGGGCCAGCGCUUCACACGAUCCAGCCAUGGAUGAAUCCGUGUAUGUACUGCAUGUGCAGAUGUCAGUAUAUCCCAUGACUCUCGCACAGUAUCUGGCACCAGCGCCAGCCAACGCCAGAAGUGCACCCAGCAACCCCAUCCGCAGACACUGUUUUCACCUGGUUCCCGCUCUACGAUUGCUCAUGGGCAUUUUGUGCGGCUUGCAGUAUAUCCAUGCAAAAGGACUGAUACAUCGCGACAUCAAACCAUCCAAUAUUUUCAUCUCUGGCUUGAGCUUUCCCACGGUCGGGUUGGUCUCGGACGGAUAUUACAAUGUAGGAUCCUGCUUCGGCUGCAAAGAUUACAGUGAAUAUUACGUCAAUCCCCGAAUUGGUGAUUUCGGACUUGUUGCACAGUUGGCUAAAGAAGACGGCCUCGAGACAAACAGAGAUGGCAGCGGAAAGACCAACAGGAUGGUUGGGACAGAAUACUAUCGACCUCCGCCCUGGGCUGAUUCCACAGGCAAAGCAAAGGCCAACGCACAAGUGGACGAGAAGAUUGAUGUAUUUGCGCUUGGUGUCAUUUUUGUCGAACUAUUGUGGCCCUGUUUGACCAGUACAGAACGGAUGCAUGUAUUGCGUGACUUACAAAAAGGCCGGACUCCAACUGGCCUUGCUGAAAAGAUCGACAAUGAAGGACACGAAAUAGGUACAGGUGAAAUGGUUGUUCAAUGCGUAUCCGGAAUGAUCGAACGAGACCCCCGGCGCCGAUGGGGAUGCGAGGACGUUAAGCAAUGGCUGGAUAAGGUAUUGACCAGAGCCAAGACGUUGGUCAAGCAUGAUGGAAACGGAGGCAUUAGUGGUACUCAGGGCGUCGACAUGAGGAAAGUUCACAGUCUGAGUGAAGCAGAUGGAGAAGCAGAGGAAUUGUUACUGAGUCGAGAAGGUGGAACUGCUCCCGGCGAUGACCGUGCCUCAUAA